AUGGCUACCAAGAAAGUAAAGAGAGGCUCAAGAGGACUUGUUUAUGUAAAGCAGUUCUUUACAACAAGAAGUGACCAAAAUUCAACAAGAACCAGCGUGGAAUAUUCGCCGGCGGAGAAGAUGGAAGGAAUAUUCGUGGAGUCACGUGGGGGGCCCGCAGGAAGUGUAGGUGGGGACAAAAUGGGGGCCUCAUAA